AUGGGGUUUGGUCAGGGGAUACGAGUCUCCAUAUGGGCCUUUAUGUUAGGUGUCUGCUGUGCCCAACAACAAGCAAUUAUUGCUAAUACUCCAUCUGGAACAGUGAACUUCAUCCCACCACUGACAACAAGCCCAGUAAUAACAUCCUUCAACCCUGCUCACAAUGACCGCGUAUGCAGUACGUGGGGCAAUUUCCACUUCAAGACUUUUGAUGGGGACAUCUUUUACUUCCCUGGGCUCUGCAAUUAUGUCUUUGCAUCCCACUGCAAUGCUGCCUAUGAGGAUUUCAACAUCCAGAUCAGGCGCGCUGUGGUGAAUAAUGCUCCUACUAUCAACCAUAUCACCAUGAAGCUCGAUGGGGUAGUUUUUGAAAUGGCAAAGAACUUUCUUGUUGUCAAUGGCAACAGGGUUCAGCUGCCUUACAGCCAGUCUGGAAUCACGGUUGAGAGAAGCAGCACGUAUACGAAAGUGAUUGCCAAAAUAGGCCUGGUUUUCAUGUGGAAUGAAGAUGACAGCAUCCUGCUGGAACUGAGUGACAAAUAUGCCAAUUAUACCUGUGGGCUUUGUGGGGACUUCAAUGGUAUUCCAACUUACAAUGAGUUCUUUUCAAACAAUGCCAAGCUCACUGCCAUGCAGUUUGGAAAUAUGCAAAAGAUGGAUGGGCCAACAGAAGUCUGUGAAGAUCCUACAUCAUCCUCCCUAAACAACUGCACGGGCAAUAUUGAUGACAUUUGCCAUAAAGUAUUGACUGGCCCUGCAUUUUCAGAAUGUAAUACACUAGUUGAGGUUAGCGAGUACAUUAAGUCUUGUGAACAAGACUUGUGCCGGUGUGACCAGUCUAAGAAUGCCUUCUGUAUUUGUAACACCUUCGGUGAAUACUCCCGGCAGUGUGCCCAUGCCGGUGGAAGACCUCUGAACUGGAGAACCCCACAACUGUGUCCCAAGAAGUGUCCUUUCAACAUGGACUACCAGGAAUGUGGAUCCCCCUGCAUUGACACCUGCACCAACCUGGAAAGAGCUCAAGUCUGUGAAGAUCACUGUAUGGAUGGCUGCUUCUGUCCUGCAGGAACUGUGCUUGAUGACAUUAACAAUGCUGGCUGCAUCCCUGUUUGGGAGUGCUUCUGUACUUACAAUGGGAACUCUUAUGCUCCAGGGACAUCUUUUGACUCCCACUGCCGUUCCUGUACCUGCAAUGGAGGCCUGUGGAAUUGCAAAGACAUUCCAUGCCCUGGAUCUUGUACAGUAGAGGGAGGUUCACACAUCUCCACAUAUGAUGAAAAACGUUACAAUGUCCAUGGAGACUGCACUUAUGUUUUGUCUAAGUUCUGUGAAAAUGACACAUUCGCUGUUCUGGGAGAACUCCGCGGAUGUGGCUUGACAGACACUAUGACAUGCUUAAAGACAAUACACCUUAGCAUUAAUGGAGGACAAACUAUCAUUAAGAUCAUUUCUGGAGGUGGUGUGUUUGUGAAUUGGAUCUACACUCAGUUGCCCUUCUCAGCAGCUGAUGUCACCAUUUUCAGACCCUCAUCCUUCUUCAUCAUGGUGGAAACAAACUUUGGACUUCAACUGGAGAUCCAACUUGUACCCAUCAUGCAAGCGUUUGUGCGACUGGAUCCAUCUUUCAAAGGGCAGACUUGCGGUCUCUGUGGAAACUUCAACAAUAUUGAGAAUGAUGACUUCAAAGCCAUAAGUGGUGUAGUGGAAGGAACAGCAGCUGCAUUUGCUAAUACCUGGAAAACACAAGCUUCAUGCCUUGACAUCAAAAACAACUUUGAGAAUCCUUGUGCUCUCAGCGUAGAAAAUGAAAAAUAUGCUCAGCACUGGUGCGGAUUGCUUAUGGACAGCACAGGACCUUUUGCCAAUUGCCACUCCACAGUGAAACCAGCUAUUUACCACACGAACUGUCUGUUUGACACCUGUAAUUGUGCAAAGAGUGAGGACUGCAUGUGUGCCGCCCUCUCUUCCUAUGUGAGAGCCUGUGCUGCCAAAGGAGUCCAGCUGGAGGGAUGGAGGACUGAUGUCUGCUCCAAAUACACAACCUCAUGUCCCAAAUCAUUGAGCUACAGCUAUAACAUCAAUUCCUGUCAACCCACUUGCCGGUCUCUUAGUGAGCCCGAUGUCACAUGUAACAUCAGAUUCAUUCCAGUUGAUGGUUGCACCUGUGAAAAAGGAACCUACAUGGAUGACUAUGGCAAAUGUGUGUCUGCUAGCGAAUGUUCUUGUUAUUACAAAGGAUCUCCCAUUCUCUCUGGGGAAGUUGUUCAUGAAGAUGGUCUUGUAUGCACUUGUGCACAGGGUAAACUGAGCUGCAUUGGAGCUGUGAACCAAAUCCAAGUUUGCACUCCUCCCAUGGUCUACUUUGACUGCAGAAAUGUCACUGCAGGUACCACUGGAGCCGAAUGCCAGAAGAGCUGCCAGAUGCUUGACAUGCAUUGUUACAGCACACAGUGUAUGUCUGGCUGCAUAUGCCCCUCUGGGCUAGUGUCAGAUGGUAAAGGCAGCUGUAUUGCUGAAGAGGAAUGUCCAUGUAUUCACAACGAGGCUACCUACAAACCAGGGGAAGAGAUCAAAGUUGACUGCAACACCUGUGUGUGUAAGAACAGGAUGUGGAAAUGCACCAGUGAACAAUGCUUUGGUACGUGUGCUAUUUAUGGAGAUGGGCAUUACAUCACAUUUGAUGACAAACGGUUUAACUUCAAUGGAGAUUGUGAAUACACAUUAGUCCAGGACCACUGUGGGAAAAACAGCGCAGUUAAUGGAACCUUUCGAGUUGUCACUGAAAACAUCCCUUGUGGCUCCACUGGGACUACCUGCUCUAAGUCUAUUAAAGUUUUCCUAGCGGGCUAUGAGUUGAUACUCAGUGAGGAACACCUUGAAGUGGUAGAAAGAGAAAAUGGAAGGCAAAUGCCAUACCAAGUCCGCAAUAUGGGCAUGUACAUAGUUAUUGAGACCAACAAUGGACUGAUCAUCAUGUGGAAUAAGAAAACCAGCAUCUUCAUCAAACUCAGCCCUGAUUUCAAGGGUCAGGUCUGUGGCCUGUGUGGGAACUACGAUGGCAAUGGCAUUAAUGACUUUACCACCAGAACUCAGUCUGUGGUAGGAGAUGUGCUGGAGUUUGGAAACAGCUGGAAAGUGUCUCUUACUUGUCCUGUUGCUAACACUACAAAGGACCCGUGCUCUACCAACCCUUAUAGGAAGUCUUGGUCACAGAGGCAGUGCAGCAUCAUCAACAGUGAAGUCUUUGCUGCAUGUCACUCUCAGAUUGAACCAACUAAAUAUUACGAAGCAUGUGUGACUGAUGCUUGUGCUUGUGACAGUGGGGGAGACUGUGAAUGUUUCUGUACAACAGUAGCUGCAUAUGCUCAAGCAUGUAGUGAAUUUGGUGUUUGUGUAGCCUGGAGAACUCCAUCAAUCUGUCCUGUGUUCUGUGAUUAUUACAACCCAGAAGGGGAAUGCGAGUGGCACUACAAGCCUUGUGGAGCCCCCUGCAUGAAGACCUGUAGGAAUCCAAGUGGACGAUGCCUUCAUAAGUUACCAGGUUUAGAAGGCUGCUAUCCAAGCUGUCCAGCAAACAAGCCAUAUUUCAAUGAGGAUGAGAUGACGUGUGUUGAUAACUGUGGCUGUUACGAUGCUGAAGGAAACUACUACAAACCAGGAGUGAGCUUCUACUCAGGGGACAACUGUCAAUCGUGUACAUGCACCGUGGAAGGCUUAGAGUGCACUUUUGAUGCUGAAGCAUGCUAUUGCUAUUAUGAAGAUCACAAAUAUAAAUAUAAGGAUGUCAUUUAUAACACCACAGAUGGGAUUGGAGGGUGUUUGAGUGCAACUUGUGACACCAACGGAACCAUAACUAGAAAAGUCUUUGAAUGCAGUGGAACUACAACUACCAUCCCAUUCACGUUUAAAACCACUUUUUUUCUUUCUACUACAGGAACAACAACUACACCACCAGUUACAACAGUAUGUGUUCACAACGUAUGCCAAUGGUCAAAAUGGUACGAUGUCAGCUUUCCAACAACAGACAACAAUGGAGAUUUUGAAACAUUUGAUAACAUAAGAGCUAAUGGAUAUAGAGUUUGCGAAACUCCAAGCGAUGUGGAAUGCAGGGCAGAACCCAACAGUUCCAUACCACUAAAAGACCUGAAACAAAAGAUGACAUGUAGCAAAGACUUCGGACUCAUAUGUAAUAAUGAGGAUCAGAGUCCAGAAAUCUGCUACAACUAUCAGAUCAGAAUAUUAUGUUGUACUUAUGUACCAUGUGAAUCUUCAACAUCUAUCCCAUCAGUCACAACUAGUGGACACCCAACAGUAACAGUUACCUCACUUGAGUCAAAAACAGUUUCACGUCCAACUGCUUCAAUAAGUACAGAAGGUCCAACUCCAUUCCCACUUCCCACGACUUCAUCUGUCACCCCCACGCUUGUGCCCCAGGUUUCCACUACGGAAUCAGUCACCUCCACAGCGUCUUCUCCAACUCCAGGCAAAGGAACACGCUCAGCAGGUACAGUACCACUGGAAACAGGCACAAUCACACCUGUGCCGGGCUCGAGUCCACAACCUUCACCAGGUUCCACCCUUCCUCCUUUGGGACAAACAACCACUGAAGGGACCACACUACUCUCUACACAGCCAACAUCUCAGGGAAGCACCACCACGCUUGUACCCCCACUUUCCACUACCGUAUCAGUCACCUCCACUGCGUCUCCUCCAACUCCAGGCACAGCAACAGGCUCACGUGGUACAGCAUCACUGCAAACAGGCACAAUCCCAUCGGGAACAGGCACGCUUGCGCAACCUUCACCACCUUCCACUCUUCCUUCUCCACAACAACCAACCACUGAAGGCACCACACUACUCUCUACGCAGCCAACAUCUCAGGGAAGCACCACCACAUUUCUACCUCCAGUUUCUACUACCGUAUCAGUCACCUCCACUGCGUCUCCUCCAACUCCAAGCACAGCAACAGGUUCACGUAGUACAGCAGCACUGCUAACAGGCAAAAUCCCACCUCUGACAGGAACGCGUCCACAACCUUCACCAGCUUCCACUCUUCCUUCUUCAGAACAACCAACCACUGAAGGCACGACAUUACUCUCUACGCAGCCAAUAUCAGAGAUAAGCACAACCACGCUUUCACCCCCACUUUCCACUACCGUAUCAGUCACCUCAACUGCGUCUCCUCCAACUCCAGGCACAGCCAUAGGUUCACGUAGUACAGCAACACUGCUAACAGGCACAAUACCACCUCUGACAGGCACGCAUCUACAACCUUCACCAUCUUCCACUCUUCCUUCUUCAGAACAACCAAACACUGAAGGCACCACACUACUCUCUACGCAGCCAACAUCUCAGGGAAGCACCACCACGCUUCUACCCCCAGUUUCCACUACUGUAUCCGUCACCUCCACUGCGUCUCCUCCAACUCCAAGCACAACAACAGGUUCACGUAGUACAGCAACAAUGCCAACAGGCACAAUCCAACCUCUAACAGGCACGCAUGCGCAAACUUCACCAACUUCCACUCUUCCUUCUUCAGAACAACCAACCACUGAAGGCACCACACUACGCUCUACACAGCCAAUAUCAGAGAUAAGCACCACCACGCUUUUACCCCCACUUUCUACAACCGUAUCAGUCACCUCCACUGCGUCUCUUCCAACUCCAAGCACAGCAACUGGUAAACGUAGUACAGCAACACUGCCAACAGACACAAUCCCAGCUCUGACAGGAACGCGUCCACAACCUUCACCAGCUUCCACUCUUCCUUCUUCACAACAACCAACCACUGAAGGCACCACACUACUCUCUACGCAGCCAAUAUCAGAGAUAAGCACAACCACGCUUUCACCCCCACUUUCCACUACCGUAUCAGUCACCUCAACUGCGUCUCCUCCAACUCCAGGCACAGCCACAGGUUCACGUAGUACAGCAACACUGCCAACAGGCACAAUACCACCUCUGACAGGCACGCGUCUACAACCUUCACCAUCUUCCACUCUUCCUUCUUCAGAACAACCAACCACUGAAGGCACUACACUAUUCUCUACGCAGCCAACGUCUCAGGGAAGCACCACAACGCUUCUACUCCCAGUUUCCACUACCGUAUCAGUCACCUCCACUGCAUCUCCUCCAACUCCAAGCACAACAACAGGUUCACGUAGUACAGCAACACUGCUGACAGGCACAAUCCCACUUCUAACAGGCACGCGUCCGCAACCUUCACCAACUUCCACUCUUCCUUCUUCAGAACAACCAACCACUGAAGGCACUACACUACACUCUACGCAGUCAAUAUCAGAGAUAAGCACAACCACACUUUCACCUCCACUUUCCACUACCGUAUCAGUCACCUCCACUGCGUCUCCUCCAACUCCAGGCACAGCAACAGGUUCACCUAGUACAGCAACACUGCCAACAGGUACAAUCCCACCUCUGACAGGCACGCGUGCACAGCCUUCACCAACUUCCACUCUUCCUUCUUCAGAACAACCAACCACUGAAAGCACCACACUACUCUCUACACAGCCAAUAUCAGAGAUAAGCACCACCACGCUUUUGCCCCCACUUUCCACUACCGUAUCAGUCACCUCCACUGCGUCUCCUCCAACUCCAGGCACAGCAACAGGUUCACGUAGUACAGCAACACUCCCAACAGGAACAAUCCCACCUUUGACAGGCAUGCGUCCACAACCUUCACCAGCUUCCACUCUUCCCCCUUUGGGAAAAACAACCACUGAAGGCACCACACUGCUCCGUACACAGCCUACAUCAAAAGGAAGCACAACCACGCUUUCACCCCCACUUUCCACUACUAUAUCAGUCACCUCCACUGCGUCUCCUCCAACUCCAAGCACAGCAACAAGUUCACGUAGUACAGCAACACUGCCAACAGGCACAAUCCCACCUCUGACAGGCACGCGUCCACAACCUUCACCAACUUCCACUCUUCCUUCUUCAGAACAACCAACCACUGAAGGCACUACACUACUCUCUACGCAGCCAAUAUCAGAGAUAAGCACAACCACGCUUUCACCUCCACUUUCCACUACCGUAUCAGUCACCUCCACUGCGUCUCCUCCAACUCCAGGCACAGCAACAGGUUCACGUAGUACAGCAACACUCCCAACAGGUACAAUCCCACCUCUGACAGGCACGCGUCCACAACCUUCACCAGCUUCCACUCUUCCCCCUUUGGGAAAAACAACCACUGAAGGCACCACACUGCUCCGUACACAGCCUACAUCAAAAGGAAGCACAACCACGCUUUCACCCCCACUUUCCACUACUAUAUCAGUCACCUCCACUGCGUCUCCUCCAACUCCAGGCAAAGCAACAGGUUCACGUAGUAAAGCAACAUUGCCAGCAGGCACAAUACCACCUCUGACAGGCACGCGUCCACAACCUUCACCAACUUCCACUCUUCCUUCUUCAGUACAACUAACCACUGAAGGCACCACACUACUCUCUAUGCAGCCAACAUCUCAGGGAAGCACUACCACGCUUAUACCCCCAGUUUCCACUACCGUAUCAGUCACCUCCACUGCAUCUCCUCCAACUCCAAGCAAAACAACAGGUUCCAGUAGUACAGCUACACUGCCAACAGGCACAAUCCCACCUCUGACAGGCACGCGUGCACAACCUUCACCAGCUUCCACUCUUCCUUCUUCAGAACAACCAACCACUGAAGGCACCACACUACUCUCUACGCAGCCAAUAUCAGAGAUAAGCACCACCACGCUUUUGCCCCCACUUUCCACUACCGUAUCAGUCACCUCCACUGCGUCUCCUCCAACUCCAAGCACAGCAACAGGUUCACCUAGUACAGCAACACUGCCAACAGGCACAAUCCAACCUCUGACAGGCACGCGUGCACAACCUUCACCAGCUUCCACUCUUCCUUUUUCUGAACAACCAACCACUGAAGGCACCACACUAUUCUCUACGCAGCCAAUAUCAGAGAGAAGCACAACCACGCUUUCACCUCCACUUUCCACUACCGUAUCAGUCACCUCCACUGCGUCUCCUCCAACUCUAGCCACAGCAACAGGUACACGUAGUACAGCAAAACUGCCAACAGGCACAAUCCCACCUCUGACAGGGACGCGUCCACAACCUUCACCAUCUUCCACUCUUCCUUCUUCAGAACAACCAACCACUGAAGGCACCACACUACUCUCUACGCAGCCAAUAUCAGAGAUAAGCACCACCACGCUUUUACCCCCACUUUCCACUACCAUAUCAGUCACCUCCACUUCAUCUCCUCCAACUCCAAGCACAGCAACAGGUUCACCUAGUACAGCAACACUGCCAACAGGCACAUUCCCACCUCUGACAGGCACGCGUCCACAACCCUCACCAGCCUCCACUCUUCCUCCUUUGGGAGAAACAACCAUUGAAGGCACCACACUGCUCCGUACGCAGCCUACAUCAAAGGGAAACACAAUCACGCUUUCACCUCCACUUUCCACUACUGUAUCAGUCACCUCCACUGCGUCUCCCCCAACUCAAGGCACAGCAACAGGUUCACGUAGUACAGCAACACUCCCAACAGGCACAAUCCCACCUCUGACAGGCACGCGUGCACAACCUUCACCAGCUUCCACUCUUCCUUCUUCAGAACAACCAACCACUGAAGGCACCACACUACUCCCUACGCAGCCAAUAUCAGAGAUAAGCACCACCACGCUUUUACCCCCAGUUUCCACUACCGUAUCAUUCACCUCCACUGCAUCUCCUCCAACUCCAAGCACAGCAACAGGUUCACCUAGUACAGCAACCCUGCCAACAGGCACAAUCCCACCUCUGACAGGCACGCGUGCACAACCUUCACCAGCUUCCACGCUUCCUUCUUCAGAACAACCUACCACUGAAGGCACCACACUACUCUCGACGCAGCCAAUAUCAGAGAUAAGCACAACCACGCUUUCACCUCCACUUUCCACUACCGUAUCAGUCACCUCCACUGCGUCUCCUCCAACUCAAGGCACAGCAACAGGUUCAAGUAGUACAGCAACACUGCAAACAGGCACAAUCUUACCUCUGACAGGCACGCGUCUACAACCUUCAGCAUCUUCCACUCUUCCUUCUUCAGAACAACCAACCAGUGAAGGCACCACACUACUCUCUACGCAGCCAACAUCUCAGAGAAGCACCACCACGCUUCUACCCCCAGUUUCCACUACUGUAUCAGUCACCUCCACUGCGUCUCCUCCAACUGCAAGCACAACAACAGGUUCACGUAGUACAGCAACACUGCCAACAGGCACAAUCCCACCUCUGACAGGCACGCAUGCACAACCUUCACCAGCUUCCACUCUUUCUUCUUCAGAACAACCAACCACUGAAGGCACCACACUACUCCCUACGCAGCCAAUAUCAGAGAUAAGCACCACCACGCUUUUACCCCCAGUUUCCACUACCGUAUCAUUCACCUCCACUGCAUCUCGUCCAACUCCAAGCACAGCAACAGGUUCACCUAGUACAGCAACCCUGCCAACAGGCACAAUCCCACCUCUUACAGGCACGCGUGCACAACCUUCACCAACUUCCACUCUUCCUUCUUCAGAACAACCAACCACUGAAGGCACCACACUAUUCUCUACGGAGCCAAUAUCAGAGAGAAGCACAACCACGCUUUCACCUCCAGUUUCCACUACCGUAUCAGUCACCUCCACUGCGUCUCCUCCAACUCCAGGCACAGCAACAGGUUCACGUAGUACUGCAACAUUGCCAACAGGCACAAUCCCACCUCUGACAGGGACGCGUCCACAACCUUCACCAACUUCCACUCUUCCUUCUUCAGAACAACCAACCACUGAAGGCACCACACUACUCUCUACGCAGCCAAUAUCAGAGAUAAGCACCACCAUGCUUUUACCCCCACUUUCCACUACCGUAUCAGUCACCUCCACUUCAUCUCCUCCAACUCCAAGCACAGCAACAGGUUCACCUAGUACAGCAACACUGCCAACAGGCACAAUCCCACCUCUGACAGGCACGCGUCCACAACCCUCACCAGCUCCCACUCUUCCUCUUUUGGGAGAAACAACCACUGAAGGCACCACACCGCUCCGUACGCAGCCUACAUCAAAGGGAAGCACAAUCACGCUUUCACCCCCACUUUCCACUACUGUAUCAGUCACCUCCACUGCGUCUCCUCCAACUCCAAGCACAGCAACAGGUUCACCUAGUACAGCAACACUCCCAACAGGCACAAUCCCACCUCUGACAGGCACGCGUGCACAACCUUCACCAGCUUCCACGCUUCCUUCUUCAGAACAACCCACCACUGAAGGCACCACACUACUCUCGACGCAGCCAAUAUCAGAGAUAAGCACAACCACGCUUUCACCUCCACUUUCCACUACCGUAUCAGUCACCUCCACUGCGUCUCCUCCAACUCAAGGCACAGCAACAGGUUCAAGUAGUACAGCAACACUGCAAACAGGCACAAUCGCACCUCUGACAGGCACGCCUCUACAACCUUCAGCAUCUUCCACUCUUCCUUCUUCAGAACAACCAACCAGUGAAGGCACCACACUACUCUCUACGCAGCCAACAUCUCAGGGAAGCACCACCACGCUUCUACCCCCAGUUUCCACUACCGUAUCAGUCACCUCCACUGCGUCUCCUCCAACUGCAAGCACAACAACAGGUUCACGUAGUACAGCAACACUGCCAACAGGCACAAUCCCACCUCUGACAGGCACGCAUGCACAACCUUCACCAGCUUCCACUCUUCCUUCUUCACAACAACCAACCACUGAAGGCACCACACUACUCUCUACGCAGCCAAUAUCAGAGAUAAGCACCACCACGCUUUUACCCCCAGUUUCCACUACCGUAUCAUUCACCUCCACUGCAUCUCCUCCAACUCCAAGCACAGCAACAGGUUCACCUAGUACAGCAACACUGCCAACAGGCACAAUCCCACCUCUUACAGGCACGCGUGCACAACCUACACCAACUUCCACUCUUCCUUCUUCACAACAACCAACCACUGAAGGCACCACACUACUCUCUACGCAGCCAAUAUCAGAGAUAAGCACCACCACGCUUUUACCCCCACUUUCCACUACCGUAUCAGUCACCUCCACUGCGUCUCCUCCAACUCCAGGCACAGCAACAGGUUCACGUAGUACUGCAACAUUGCCAACAGGCACAAUCCCACCUCUGACAGGGACGCGUCCACAACCUUCACCAACUUCCACUCUUCCUUCUUCAGAACAACCAACCACUGAAGGCACCACACUACUCUCUACGCAGCCAAUAUCAGAGAUAAGCACCACCAUGCUUUUACCCCCACUUUCCACUACCGUAUCAGUCACCUCCACUUCAUCUCCUCCAACUCCAAGCACAGCAACAGGUUCACCUAGUACAGCAACACUGCCAACAGGCACAAUCCCACCUCUGACAGGCACGCGUCCACAACCCUCACCAGCUUCCACUCUUCCUCUUUUGGGAGAAACAACCACUGAAGGCACCACACUGCUCCGUACGCAGCCUACAUCAAAGGGAAGCACAAUCACGCUUUCACCCCCACUUUCCACUACUGUAUCAGUCACCUCCACUGCGUCUCCUCCAACUCCAAGCACAGCAACAGGUUCACGUAGUACAGCAACACUCCCAACAGGCACAAUCCCACCUCUGACAGGCACGCGUGCACAACCUUCAGCAGCUUCCACGCUUUCUUUUUCAGAACAACCCACCACUGAAGGCACCACAAUACUCUCUACGCAGCCAAUAUCAGAGAUAAGCACAACCACGCUUUCACCCCCACUUUCCACUACCAUAUCAGUCACCUCCACUGCGUCUCCUCCAACUCAAGGCACAGCAACAGGUUCACGUAGUACAGCAACACUCCCAACAGGCACAAUCCCACCUCUGACAGGCACGCGUCUACAACCUUCAGCAUCUUCCACUCUUCCUUCUUCAGAACAACCAACCAGUGAAGGCACCACACUACUCUCUACGCAGCCAACAUCUCAGGGAAGUACCACCGUGCUUCUACCCCCAGUUUCCACUACUGUAUCAGUAACCUCCACUGCGUCUCCUCCAACUCCAAGCACAACAACGGGUUCCCGUAGUACAGCAACACUGCCAACAGGCACAAUCCCACCUCUAACAGGCACACGUGCACAACCCUCACCAACUUCCACUCUUCCUUCUUCAGAAGAACCAACCACUGAAGGCACCACACUACUCUCUACGCAGCCAACAUCAGAGAUAAGCACAACCACGCUUUCACCCCCACUUUCCACUACCAUAUCAGUCACCUCCACUGCGUCUCCUCCAACUCAAGGCACAGCAACAGGUUCACGUAGUACAGCAACACUCCCAACAGGCACAAUCCCACCUCUGACAGGCACGCGUCUACAACCUUCAGCAUCUUCCACUCUUCCUUCUUCAGAACAACCAACCACUGAAGGCACCACACUACUCUCUACGCAGCCAACAUCAGAGAUAAGCACAACCACGCUUUUGCCCCCACUUUCCACUACCGUAUCAGUCACCUCCACUGCAUCUCCUUCAACUCCAAGCACAUCAACAGGUUCAAGUAGUACAGCAACAUUGCCAACCGGCACAAUCCCACCUCUGACAGGCACGCGUCCACAACCUUCACCAUCUUCCACUCUUCCUUCUUCAGAACAACCAGCUACUGAAGGCACCACACCACUCUCUACUCAGCCAACAUCUCAGGAAAGCACCACCAUGUUUGUACCCCCACUUUCCACUACCGUAUCAGUCAUCUCCACUGCGUCUCCUCUAACUCCAAGCACAACAACAGGUUCCCGUAGUACAGCAACACUGCAAACAGGCACAAUCCCACCUCUAACAGGCACGCGUCCACAACCUUCACCAGCUUCCACUCUUCCUUCUUCAGAAGCACCAACCACUGAGGGCACCACACUACUCUCUACGCAGCCAAUAUCAGAGAUAAGUACCACCGCGCUUUCACCCCCACUUUCCACUACCGUAUCAGUCACCUCCACUGUGUCUCCUCCAACUCCAGGCACAGCAACAGGUUCACGUAGUACUGCAACAUUGCCAACAGGCACAAUCCCACUUCUGACAGGCACGCGUUCACAACCUUCACCAGCUCCCACUCUUACUUCUUCAAACCAACCAACCACGGAAGGCACCACACUACUCUCUACGCAGCCAAUAUCAGAGAUAAGCACCACCACGCUUGUACCCCCAGUUUCCACUACCGUAUCAGUCACCUCCACUGUGUCUCCUCCAACUCCAAGCACAGCAACAGGUUCACGUAGUACAGCAACACUGCCAACAGGCACAAUACCACCUCUGACAGGCACGCGUGCACAACCUUCACGAGCUUCCACUCUUCCUUCUUCAGAACAACCAACCACUAAAGGCACCACACUACUCUCUACGCAGCCAAUAUCAGAGGGAAGAACCACCAGGCUUUUACCCCCACUUUCCACUACCGUAUCAGUCACCUCCACUGCAUCUCCUCCAACUCCAGGCACAGCAACAGGUUCACGUAGUACAGGAUCACUGCCAACAGGCACAAUCCCACCUCUGACAGGCACGCGUCCACAACCUUCACUAGCUUCCACUCUUCCUUCUUCAGAACAACCAACCACUGAAGGCACCAUGCUACUCUCUACGCAGCCAAUAUCUCAGGGAAGCACCUCCAUGCUUCUACCCCCAAUUUCCACUACCGUAUCAGUCACCUCCACUGCGUCUCCUCCAACUCCAGGCACAGCAACAGGUUCACAUAGUACAGCUACACUGCCAACAGGCACAAUCCCACCUCUAACAGGCACGCGUGCACAACCUUCACCAGCUUCCACUCUUCCUUCUUCAGAACAACCAACCACUGAAGGCACCACACUACUCUCUACGCAGCCAAUAUCAGAGAUAAGCACCACUACGCUUUUACCCCCGCUUUCCACUACCGUAUCAGUCACCUCUACUGCGUCUCCUCCAACUCCAAGCACAGCAACAGGUUCACGUGGUACAGGUUCACUGCCAACAGGCACUAUCCCACCUCUAACUGGUACGCGUCCACAACCUUCACCAGCUUCCACUCUUCCUCCUUCAGAACAACCAACCGCUGAAGGCACCACACUACUCUCUACGCAGCCAAUAUCAGAGAUAAGCAGCACCACGCUUUUACCCCCAGUUUCCACUACCGUAUCAGUCACCUCCACUGCAUCUCCUCCGACUUCAGGCACAGCAACAGGUUCACGUAGUACAGCAACACUGCCAACAGGCACAAUCCCACCUGUGACAGGCACGCAUCCAGCACCUUCACCUGCUUCCACUCUUCCUCCUUUGAGAAAAACAACCACUGAAGGCACCACACUACUCCCUACGCAGCUAACAUCACAAGGAAGCAGCACCAUGCUUGUACCUCCUGUUUCCACUACAGUAUCAGUAACCUCCACUGCUUCGCCUCCAACUCCAGGCACAGGAAUAGGCUCAGCUGGUACAGCACCACUGCAAACACGCACCAUCCCACCUGUGACAGGCACACGUGGAGAAAUGACAACAGAUUCAGCCUCCACAGGUAAAAGUUCUACCAUCUCUGGAAGUACUGUGCUUUUAUCCACAAGCGCAGUACAGUCAACAUCACAGGGAAGCACCACCACACUUUUAUCUUCAAUUACCAGUACUGUUACGGUCUCCCCAACUCUGAGCAUUACAACCCCAGUGACAUCUACUAUAUCAAGACUUACUUCUUCUGUAUCUACAACAGCAGAAGGCUCCAGUAUAACCUACACAGCACAUGAAAAAAGUGAAGUUAUUUACAACAGAACAGAUAGCACUGGUUGUAGUUUUUAUGCACUUUGCAGUAAAAGAUGUGAAAUUGAACGACUCCAGGGGUCAUGUCCUACAACAACUCCUGUAUCAUUAAGCCUGUCCUCUACAAUACCAAGCUUAUCAACCCCAACAGCUGUAUCUUCUUCAGUGCCAGCAACUCCAGAAACUAUUCCAAUAUCAGGUUGCCCUGAUGCUGACCCACCAAGAAAGAUAAAUGAAUCCUGGAUGUUAAACAAUUGCACUAUGGCAACUUGUGAGGGAGACAACAGAAUUGUUCUAUUGCUUCCUCCAGCUGUAGAGAUGAUUACUUGUGCAAGUGGACACCCACCAAUAAAAGUCUAUGAUGAGGAUGGCUGCAACUACCACUAUGAGUGUGACUGUGUUUGCAGCGGCUGGAUCAGUUCUGACUACUUGACUUUUGAUGGAACUCACUACACAUUCCAUAGCAACUGCACAUAUGUGCUGAUGAAACAGAUUGUGCCCAAAUACAAUUUCAGCAUCCUUGUUGAAAAUGACUUCUGUGAUGUGCCUGAUGGACUCUCCUGCCCUAGAUCUAUCAUUGUGAAUUACAACUCCAUGGAAAUAGUGCUGGUCAGUCAGAUACACCAAGGGGAGAAAAAUAACAAGAUUCUUGUCAACAAUGAGCCAGUUACUGGAGGCUUCAGCCGAGAUGGCAUUUCAGUUGCCAAUGGUGGAACAUCCAUGGUUGUUGAAAUCCCGGACAUCAAUUCCUACAUCUCCUUCAAUGGACUCACCUUCACAGUAAAAAUGCCAUUCAGCAUGUUUGGACACAACACCGAAGGCCUGUGUGGCACAUGUUCAAAUGACAAAGUGGACGAAUGCCGCAUGCCAAGUGGCGAAGUAAUUUCCUCUUGUUCAGAAAUGGCUGCCACCUGGCAGGUUCAGGAUAAAAAUCAGUCCAAUUGUGAAGGGCCCCCGGUACCACCUGCCACGCCAACAACUCCACCUGUGCCCUGCAAUUCUACUUCUCCUCUUUGUGAGCUGAUUUUGAGCGAUCUCUUUGCAGAGUGUCAUAAGAUUCUGAUGCCCAGCAUAUUCUAUGAGAGUUGCAUCGCCAAUUCAUGCCACAUUACCAAUGAAACUAUACCAUGCUUCAGCUUGGAAACGUAUGCCUCCCUCUGCUCUGCUAAAGGUGCCUGUGCUGACUGGAGAAACAAGACCCAAGGACAAUGCCCAUACAACUGUCCUAACGGCAAGGUGUAUGAUGCAUGUGGCCCUCUUAAUCCUGUCACCUGUAAUUCCGGAACUGUUCACCAUACAAGUGAACAUGUUGCUGAAGGAUGCUUCUGCCCCAAGGAUAAGAUUCUCUUCAAUUCAUACACUGACGUGUGUGUGCCAGAAUGCACUUGUGUGGGACCAGAUGGAAUGCCCAAACUGGUGAGUAUUUCAGUCAGCACUUUCUCCAAGGCCUCUUUCCCAGAAACAUCUCCCAAAUACAGCUGUUUCUAG